AUAAAUUUACCAUAUCUCGCAUUUAUCAUCCUUUAUUAUUUAUUUAUCCUUCCUUUCUGUCACCACCCAGCACAAAGAUGCAGACACCCUUUUCCAGCUAAAUUCAUUCAGCCGUUUUCAACUGUACUAAUGUCUGCAUUGCGUUAUACACUUACACAAAAUAAAUACUAAAAUCAUAUAGUGUGGCAGAUAGUGUAGCAUAAUUACAUAUAUAUCCUCAAAAUAUGGGAAGAGCUCCUUGUUGUGAGAAAGUGGGUUUGAAGAAAGGAAGGUGGACUGCAGAAGAGGAUGAAAUUUUGACCCAAUAUGUUAAGACUAAUGGAGAAGGUUCUUGGAGGUCAUUGCCUAAAAAUGCAGGAUUGCUUAGAUGUGGAAAGAGUUGUAGAUUAAGAUGGAUAAACUAUUUGAGAGAUGAUCUUAAAAGGGGAAAUAUUUCUGCUGAAGAGGAAAGCAUCAUUAUCAAGCUGCAUGCUUCUUUUGGCAACAGAUGGUCUUUGAUCGCAAGUCACUUACCAGGAAGAACAGACAACGAGAUUAAAAACUACUGGAACUCUCACUUGAGUAGGAAAGUUUUCAGCUUCAAAGGAACAGCAACAAAUUAUAAUAAUUCCAAUAAUAAUAAAGAGAUGCCCUUGCAACAAGGGAAUGUAGUAGACACACCUCACAAACGUAGAGGUGGUAGGACUAGCAGGUGGGCCAUGAAGAAGAACAAACGCUAUGCCCAAAAUAUUUUCCAAAGUCCAAAAUUACAAAGAAGUGAACCUGCUGCAAUUACACUUCCACCCACCCCUACAUUUGAGAGUGAGAAAUUGUCUACAAGGGUAAUAAAGGAAUUCAAGGUUAUGGACCCUGAAAAUGGGCCGUCUUCUAGUGGAGAAGUAGAAGACGGUCCAAGUGAAUUGCAGUUACCGUGCAUUGAUGGUAAAAGUAUUGAAAUUGAUGGUGACCGCAAGUUGGGACCAUAUCCAAAGGUCAUUAAUGCCGGCGAGGUGGAUUUUAAUGAUAAUGUUAUGGACACUUGCGAGGUGGAAGAAGAAAGAAAAAGUAAUGAUGAAAAUGUGGUUGUGAUUAAUGAAAGAGCGGGGGACAAAGGCACUAACACAAAAGGAACAAGAGACCUAGAGAGUAAUAGUAAUGUGGCGAAUUAUGGUUCGAAUUCGAAUGAAGAGUUGAAUUCUUCUUCCAUGGAUAUGGAUUUGGAUUUGGAUGAUAAUUUGGAUUGGGAGAGUGUGAUGCCUUUGUUGAAUCAGAAAGGAGAAUCAGUGUCAUGGGAUCAAAGUGAAAACAUGCUAACUUGGUUGUGGGAAGAUGAUGAAUGGGAAAAAGAUUUUCAGAAAUUUCGAGAGAUUGACCCUCAGAAGCUCAAUGCUACGGUUUCUUGGUUUUUAUCUUGAAGCAAACAUGUUUAACUUAAACUUAGCACUUUAAUUACUUUUUGGGCACUCAGCUCUUGGAAUGUUUUGGGGUAAAAAAAGUAACUAUAAACAGGAGCUACCAUUUUUAUUAUACUUAUUUAUUUUUGUUAGCCAAAGAUAUCAUUCGCGCGCAACUGCGGAGACUAAUUUCUUCGAGGUAAAGUAACUAGUAUUUCUUGGCGCCGUAUUUCUUACCACAAAAAAACAAAAAAAAAAAAACUAGUAUUUCUAAGUCACCCGUGUAUGUAGUGACGAUGAUUAAUAAA